CGUAACUCGACGUAAAACAGCUUUGAGUUGGAUUGGAGUCUUUUGGAUUUGAUCUYAUAAGGGUCAAACAAGCAGGAGUGUUUUACUUGUGAUGGUUAACGAAGGAGAAAGUGUUGGCAUAGAGUUUCUUCAUUCCAAACAGCUUCUUUCUGGCUUGAAUCAGUUGAGACAGAGAAGAGAACUGUGUGAUGUUGAACUCUGUGUGGGGAAUGUCCAAGUUUUGGCYCAUCGAGUUGUUCUUUCUGCUUGUAGUGCCUACUUCGACGCUAUGUUCACUGGAAACCUUUCAGAAAGUCAAAAGCAAGUGAUAUACAUCAAGGAAAUCGAUGAAGCUGCUUUGAAAAUUUUAGUAGACUUUGCAUACACAGGGCUGGCUGAAGUCACUCAGCAAAAUGUACAGGUUUUGUUACCAGCAGCAAAUAUGCUGCAACUGAAUAAGGUGAAAGACUCAUGYUGUAGAUUUUUAGCCWGUCAACUUCAUCCUAGUAAUUGCUUAGGUAUUGCUAAGUUUGCAGAGGCUUAUUCGUGCCCGAGUUUAAUGAAGAAAGCAAGGAAAUUCACCCGUGACAACUUUUGCCAGGUCAUCGAACAAGAAGAGUUUUUACUCCUUCCCGUGUCACAACUAAUUGAACUUUUACGAGACGAUGAUCUCAAUGUUGAAUCUGAGAAAGUUGUCUUUGAAGCCGUUAUAUCUUGGGUUAAGUAUAGAAUUGUCGAAAGAGGGCCAUUUCUUCUUCAUCUACUUCAAAAUGUACGACUAUCUCUGCUAACCAUACGAACAUUGACCCACUGUAUAGAAUUCAACGARUUGAUUAAAGCAGACCGAAAAUGUUUCUCUCUUAUCAACGAGCAUUUGAAAUUACGUCUAAAACCAGCCAAAAAACAUUCUUACAACUCAGUGGUUCAAAGGCAACGGCGUUCUCCCACCCGUAUUUUUGCCGUUGGAGGUAAAAAUGGUUUAUUUGCGACGUUGAAUAGCGUCGAGAUGUUUGAACCACUCAAGUUCAGAUGGACAGAACUUGCACCCAUGAACAUGAGACGCUUCGAGUUUGGAGCGGCUGUUCUUGAAGGUAAUUUGUAUGCUGUAGGGGGUCUUGURUGUGGAGUAGGGGCACAUAAUAGCACCCCAUUCCGUUACUGUGACAAUGGCGUGGAAUGCUACAACACAGAAGYUGGUGAAUGGUCCAGGGUAGCUUCUAUGAAUCAGUGUCGCAGCAACCACUGUGUGCAAGCUUUAGAUGGAUACCUGUACGCUUUGGGAGGCUAUGAUGGCACUUCAUAUUUGAAGACUGUAGAAUGUUAUAAUCCCAAAAUAAAUGAAUGGCAUCAAUGUGCUCCAAUGCACUUCAGUCGAAGCUGCUUUGCAACAGCUGUAGCUGAUGGAUAUCUGUAUGCGCUAGGGGGAUAUGGCCCUUCAUAUCUGAGUACAGUUGAGAGAUAUGAUACAGAGUCUGAUACRUGGGAAAUGAUGCCAGCCAUGAGCACCAAUAGAAUCAACUUUGGUGUUGGGGUGAUUGCACGCUAUUUGUAUGUUGUGGGUGGUCAUAAUGGGGUUUCUCAUUUGCGAAGUGUUGAGUGUUUUGAUCCUAUAUCCAAUGAAUGGACAAUGGUUACACCUAUGAAUAARCCAAGAACGGGGUUAAGUGUGGCGGUAGUGGAUGRUAUACUGUAUGCCCUUGGUGGCCAUGAUGGYUGUGGUUAUCUUAAUCUUGUACAGUGUUACAAUCCAUGCACCAACACUUGGCACAACAUUAAACCCAUGCUUUCAAGUCGAUGCAGCUUUGGAAUUGCAGUCAUGUAACUCAGAGAUUGGUAUUUAUAUCUAAGACAAGUUUACAAGAUAUUUUACAUUGUAAAAGUUUAUUUUGGAAAGAAACAUAUGAUGUUUUUGGAUGCAYGUUCUAAUUAUUGCUCUGCAAAAGCAAAUAGGUUCAGCAAACACAAUGUUAGUUGUUAAAUCCUGAAACAGAUUUUGAAACAACAUCCCAGUGGUCUAUAUUCUGAUAAAGGUUGAACAAGACUUUAAAUGCUCACUACUGUACUUUACACAUAACUGUGCCACUGUURAUGAUGGGAUAACAAUUGAUACUUAUUUUUAUAUCUGGUAGUUUAUCCAAUUGUAUCUAAAAGAUACGAUAUGAUAUUUGGAGCCAUAAUAAAUAUAUGUUUUACAAGAAAAUCUAAAAGGUCAUUGCCAGCCUUCAUACCAUGGGAGACAGG